GAGCGUUGCCCGAGCAGAUGCGCGAUCGUCGUGCUCGAUCCUGCGAGCGCACUCAGACAUCUGGAGAGAAAGUGUGUGGGAGGGAGGGGGGAAACUUUCACUGCGGCUCCACCCCCGCUAUUCUCCCCACCCCAAAAGCACCUGCCUUCUUGAUCCCUCCUCCCCAUGCCUCUUAGAGGGGGGUGGACUUUGGUCCAGAUCUUGACGUCACUUGGAGGGGGGGCUGCCUCUGCCUUUACCUGCCAGCCCGCGCAGUUUCCGAGUCCAAAGGAAACCUCGUCGAAGGGUGUCACGUCUGCAGCCGCGCGUCUUCGCCGUCGGGGCUUCUCCCUUUUGCCUGCCUGCUUGCCAGACCACCCACCUCUCGACUCCCGGUUCUCGCCAUCCCAUAAUCUGCCUUUGCCAUCGCCAUCCUCCUCUCGUCGUCGUCGUCCUCCUCCUCCUCCUCUCCAUCACCAUGUCUGUGAUGCUGGAGACCGUCGGUUUUUUCAUGGCCACCAUCGGCUGCGGGAUGUUGGGGAUCACGCUCUUCAACAGCUACUGGAGGGUCUCCACCAUCUCCGGCAACGUCAUCACCACCUCCACCAUCUUCGAGAACCUGUGGCAGAGCUGCGCCACCGACUCCACGGGCGUCUAUAACUGCUGGGAGUUCCAGUCGCUGCUGGAGCUGCCAGCUUACCUGCAGGCAUCCCGGGCCCUCAUGAUCAGUGCGUUGGUGCUGGGCUUCUUGGGGAUCCUGUGCGGCAUGUUGGGUCUGCAGUGCACCAAGGUGGCAGAGGGGAACCCCAACGUCAAGGCAAAGAUGGCUGCUCUCGCGGGCUGCAUGUUCAUCUUGGCUGGUAUCUGCGGGAUGGUGACCAUCUCCUGGUAUGCCUUCAAUAUUACCCGGGAUUUCUUUAACCCCCUCUUCGUCGGCACAAAGUAUGAAAUUGGACCUGCCCUCUACCUCGGCUGGAGUGCCUCACUGCUUGUGAUAAUUGGAGGAGGAUGCCUGUUCAGUUCGUGUAAGACCCAUUUGUCCCAGGACAAAAGCUACACUUAUCCAUACAAGGCCCCCAAGAGUGUCCUGUCAGCCCCCACCAACACAGCCCCUCGCCCCCGCAGGGAGUCCAAUGCCAGCAGCAACGGAAAGUAUGGGAAGAACGCUUACGUCUAAGCCUUUGCAGUGGGGUGACCACUCCUUUCUGUUUGCAUUUUUCCAAAAGAGACGUUUUCAGAUGCUUUCCUGGUUGCACAGGAACCCAAAGGCUUUUUUUACGGAGCUCGCAAGCCUUGGUAGGAAGGGCUGUCUUUCUCUCUCAUAUCCCACUCUCUGCUCCAAUUCCUUUGGACAUUUCUGGUGAUGAUGAUGGUAAUAGGAACUGAACAAAGACAGUGAAUCCAGAACGACCCUGGAAAAUGCUGCAUGGUGUUCAGUUCUUCAAUGCGGAGGAGAGCUGUCUACAUAUAAUGAUUUUGCCUUCCUUCUCCUCUGAAUGGAGACGGUUCCCUGUUGGUCAGUUAACCCUGGCUUGCUAGGUUUUGGCUAGCCUGUCGUUGGGAGCAGAUGGCUUCUUAAAACGACAGGGGCAGGGGAUGAAAUCAGACCAUUUCUCUUGGGAGAAAUAACUUCUCGUCUGUUCCAGACACUUGCACAGGUCAUAUGCGCUUGGUGAUCGGGAGAGAGGCCAAAAAUUUUUUGAACGUGCUCAGAGGAACUGGUUUUUAUCCUUACUUCCUACAGCCCAAAGCGCCAAAUACUUGGAUUGGAUUCUCUAUGGGGAGAGAAGUAGUCUGAACUCAAAUUCACUUGUAAAUAGCAACAAAAUAGUAUUUUCUGUAGGUUUUGUGGCCCCUACCUCUGCACACCCCGACAACACCCAGUUGAGUUUGCUGGAUGGGGGGGUGGGAAAUGGUAUUGAAUCAGGAUGACAGUACUGAAUAAGGCUUGCUGAAACAGAAUAGGAUUGCUUCGAGGAUUCGUAAGACAAACUUUUA